GACCAUAUCUUGUGGAAUGCGCAAUACCGUUAUCGCUUGGCUGCGUAGUCUACUUGCGCUAUAAUAUGCUUAAUCCGUCCUCUCGAAUUUAUUACAAGUGAAAGACAUAUGCCAAAUCAUUCCGACGUGACGCCUCUGACAUCUCGAAAUUCGGCUCCAUCGGAUGACCUCACCGUCUAACCGGGCGUCCUUCCACCCGUUGGGUCAACAUGUAGCAGACGACAGCGUAUCCCGCGACCUUUCGUUGGCGUCGGAAAGCUCUGGCAGCAGUGUCGACACUGUGGAAAAGCCACUGUACUCGGAUGCUUCGCUCAAGGACGCGGUCAAACAGACGACCAAGAUAUCCGGCCGGCCUACCCUCGCACCAGGACUUUCAACGAUUGCUCGUCGUCAUUCUUUCAUCGAUGAAGAGGAAGAUCCAGUGGCAGCGACGGCCGCUGUUCACGCUGCAUCUUCUCCAUCCACCAAGGACGAACCGGUGACAUGGACAUCUCUCCCUAGGAAGGGUCAAUUGGCUGUCCUGACCAUUGCCCGGUUAUCAGAGCCUUUGACAGAACGAUCUCUCGCAGCAUACAUGUUUUAUCAACUGCGUUCCUUCGACCCAAGUCUUCCGGAUAGCACCAUCACGCGCCAGGGAGGUAUGUUGACGGCUUCCUUCGCCGCUGCUCAAUUUGUCACUGCGGUUUGGUGGGGGCGUGCUGCCGACACACCGUGGAUUGGUCGCAAGAGAGUCCUCCUUGUUGGGUUGUUCGGCACAUGUGUUUCUUGUGUUGGUGUUGGCUUCUCCAGAUCAUUCGCACAAGCCCUUUUUUUCCGGGCUUGUGCUGGAUGUCUGAAUGGAAACGUUGGAGUCAUGAGAACCAUGAUCAGUGAGAUAAUCAAAGAGAAGAAAUACCAAUCCCGCGCAUUCCUGCUUUUGCCUAUGUGCUUCAACAUCGGCGUGGUCAUAGGACCUAUACUCGGCGGCUUUUUGGCCGACCCAAUAGCUUCGUUCCCAAACGUCUUCGGUCCUGGCUCUGCCAUCGGUGGUCAUGACGGCGUUGGAUGGAUGACUGCCUUUCCAUACGCGCUACCUAACGUCGUCAGCGCCUUCUUCAUUCUGACCUCUGCCGUGUGCCUGUUCCUUGGUCUUGAUGAGACCCACCCGGCUCUCAAGAAUAGGCCAGACUAUGGCCGUAGGCUCGGUAAAGUUCUGGUCCGUCUUCUCUGCAGGUGGCGUGGAAAGGGUGUCGACGAGUACGAAUACACAGAACUUUCGGACCAGGUCGAGCUACAAGACGCCGUAGACUCGCGGGAUGAAGAACAUGAGGCACGAGACAGUGACACAGAGGCACUCAGACCCGACCAAGAGCCUCCCCAACAGCCAGCAAAACCAUUGUUACGACACAUCUACUCCAAGAACGUCAUAUUGACACUCGUCACUCAUCACCUUCUAGCACUGCACCUGUCGGCCUUCAAUGCCCUGAUCUUCCUCUUCCUUCCUGCUCCGCGUUCCGACAACAACGACGCCCACCUUCCCUUCUCCUUCGCGGGCGGACUAGGUCUCAGCACCGAACGAGUUGGCCUUGCAACCGCCAUCAUUGGAGUGAUUGGCUUUCCCCUGCAGAUUGCACUGUACCCGAUGCUCAACGCAAAACUCGGUACAUUGCCCAGCUACAAAUUGUUCCUGCCGUUCUCGAUCGCGUCAUACUUUCUGACACCUUUCCUCGCCCUGCUGCCGAACAAGGCGUACUUGGUCUGGCCCGCCCUGACGGUCGCGCUGGCUCUGCAAGUCAUAUCUCGUACCUUUGCCUUGCCUGGCUCGACGAUCCUCGUCAACAACUGCACGCCACAUCCGAGCGUCCUGGGAACGAUUCACGGUCUCGCGCAAAGCGUCUCCUCGGGGGCCCGUACGAUAGGCCCCACGUUGGGAGGUUGGCUUUUGGGCCUAGGUCUGGGCAACAAUUGCGUCGGCGCGGUGUGGUGGGCCAUUGCAGGUAUCGCGGCUCUGAACUGGUCCUUGCUGUGGCUCAUUUACGAAGGUGACGCGGGAGUGGCAGCUGCUUGUGGAUGACGACGAUGAUGAUGACGAUGAUUUUUUUUUCUUUCCCUAUAACAUGCGUGACUUGAAAUUAUGAAAGAGGCGAAAGGAUAUUUAAAAGACCAGAGAAAAUUCCAACCUUUUCUUUUCACAACCCCGGUUUUUUUUUCACAUGGACGUGGGCACAAUGUAGAAAAGAUAUCAGUGCAUCUAUGACAGUAGCCAGAUUCUAGCCAGAUUCAAC